AUGAAGCUCAUUCUCUCCUCCUCAAAUAUCAUGAUAAGCGGCGAGACCAUCAUCCGCCAUCCCACCGAAAAGUCCAACGUCGAACUGAUCAACUCCCUGCGCACAAACUUUCAAGCCGCCCAACACGCUGCAGACCCCUCCAGCGACCGUCCUCCCUACACCACCUGGACCAAACAAGGCGACAACGCCCUAUACAUCCCCGCGACUGAUUUCGCGCACGGUCUCUCCGAAGAGCGCUCCCAAUACGACAUCACCGUCAAACUAUUCUACCUCCCGGGCAUCCCUGCCUCCCGGCGUUGCGCACACACCCGCGAAGCCAUCGACCUCGUUCUCAAAGAGCUGCACGUCGACUCCAUCGACCUGCUGAUCGUCUCCUUCCCGGGGAUCCUCUUCGACGCCGACGACGACAGCGACGAAGAAGUCUCCUCCGACAAUGGCAGUGAAGAACCCGAUGACUUUGACAGCAUGAUCCAGACAUGGCGCACUCUCGAGGGUCUGCAGGAACAGGGCAUGAUCUCACAGUUGGGCGUCGCGGAAUUCGGGAGCGAACGGCUCGCCCGAUUCCUUCCCCACACAAAGGUCAAGCCGUCUGUCGAUCAGAUCAAUCUGAAGGAUUGUUGUGUCGUGCCUAAGUCGCUGAUCCUCUACGCUAAGCAAGAGCACAUUCAAUUGCUGACGCAUAACGACUGCAUGGAUAUCUUGCCUGUUGGCACGACUCGGGACCUACUUGGGCCUGGGGAAAAGGGCGCGGGGAUUCUGGCUUCGUCGCCGGAUGCGCCGGACGGUAUCCAGGGUGAUAUCGAGCCGCAGUGGGUGGUCAAGUAUACGGCUGUGGUGAAGGAUCGGGGGGUGGUGGAGAAUAAGGGAUAUUUUGCGCUGGCGGAUGUAGGCAGCUGCGUGAAGAGAUCAUAA